GGAACUCGGGGGUGUGAAUGAGCUGAGACUCGCGGCUGGUUGGAGAGCUGGUGACAAACACCUCAAACGCCUAGCAAUAACCUGACCGUGACUCGCCUAACUGUUUAAAUUUCUCAGCAGCGUUUACCUUCGAAAGUAACAGAGGAGCCUAUAUUAUUUCAAGAGAGACCGGGAAGUUGCCAAACAAUGGACACGGAGAGCGCGUUUUGUCGCUGAAUGUACGGAACGGGACAGAUGUUUUGCAACGACUGCUGCUGCUGCGCGGCCGGGAGUCACUAUAAGCGAAAGGAAGCGAAGGACAGCAGAAGUCAAAGAGACGGCGUUCCAGAAAGGAGAGGAAAGCAGGACGCGUAUGUGCAGUGAAGCAGUGCCCUAGAUCUGAGUAACAUCCUAAUUACUCUGUCAUUCAGGCUUCUUUCAUGCUGUUUCGGACAGCUGUUUCUCAACCCGCACCUGGAAAAACAAAGGAAAUGCAUUCAGUGGCAGCACAUCUCUAUGCGUAACUGGAAACGCAUCGCAUUCGCUGUACUUUUUCAAUAUGCGUACAAUAAAUUUGUCACUAACUCAUGUCACGUCCCAUGACAACACUGGUAUAGAUGCAUUAUAGACUUCCUCAUACUUCAUAUCUGCCAUGAGUGAUGGCGAUGCCUGCAGAAUCUGACAGAACCGGUGCGCAGAGCACUCGUGAAAAAAACUUUAGCGCACCGGAUCGCAAUGGUUAUGUGAAAACAUGUGUCAUCCCACUGUGCCGGGACCGACAUUACGAGUCGUGGGUGAGGCUAAUGUUCACAAAAAUAUGGAGUUCCCAGAGACUCCGAAGUGCGGUGUGCGUGGGGUCGCUUUCGAUUUUUCUCGCUCUGUUGGUCAAAUGUGCAGACUGGAAAGCUGCAGCCAGCAGCAACGCUGACAACAGUCUCUCGUAUUCAUCGUCUCCCCUUCACUUUGUGUCAGGCUGCGCUGCGGAGCUGUUGCAAACUUGCUGGAGUGUUGUUUCCCCAUUGUUUACCCUCGUAUGUGCCUUCUUUUGGGUCGGUGUCUACUUAAUCCGCUGCGGAGCUCUAAUCCAGACAGCUCUCUCCCUUCUAACCUUGUGCCACCUGGGCGAAGCAGCGGCGAGGUCUCUCCUGGACGGGACAGAUGAGCAGCUGUUUUCAUUCACGACAGCAGCCGUGGUCGUGCUCAUCUGCGUGGCCACCGGCGCACUCAUGGUAGCACGGCUGAAUCAGGGCAUAUCUGUGAUCGUUUUCAUUAGCCUAGUCAGGACUAUUUCACUCUUCUCACUGCAAAAAGUUCGGGCCACUUGGAGACCGUACAUAGCGUACCUGGUUGGAGUGCUGGGCAUCCUGCUGGCGAGGUAUGCUGACAAGCUCCUUCCCAACCAAGGGAGAUACAAGGAGGGCUGCACCCCUGUGACUGGAGCCAGGGAAGAGAUCCCUGUAUUUAAAAGGCGCAGGAGGUCCAGUUCUGUGAUAGCCUCAGAUAUGGCAAACAGUCAGUCCAAUAGUAAGUCACAUCGCCGGACCUCUCUGCCAUGCAUCCAGAGGGACCAGAUGCUCCCCCGCUCGGAUUGGGACCACAAGAGAGGCUCCCGAGGAUCACAGUCAUCAGGCACCACUGUCAUGGUGGACAUAGCAGUGAUGGGAGAAGCCCACGGACUAAUCACAGACCUGCUGGCUGACCCCUCACUGCCCCCUAACACCUGCACCUCACUGCGGGCCGUCAGCAACCUGCUAACCACCCAGCUCACCUUCCAGCCGCUGCACAGACCACGCCCUACUCCCCUGCUUAACCCCAGCGAUGCCUACACCUUCUCCGACUCAGAGGAGGGACCUGAGAAAGGAGAGAAAACGUCCAUCCAUAAGCGUCUGAGGCGGAGUCUCCACCCCGGUCUUUUGAGGAGGAUCUCUUCCACGUGGACCACCACCACCUCCGCCACAGGCCUGCCCAGCAUCGAGCCCGGGCCCGUCAGAAGGGACCGCAGCGCCAGCAUCAAGCCCUACCAUGAAGCGCUCACCUGCAGCUGUGGGAGACCAUACAUCAGACUGGGCCAUGGGGAGGGUUCUAUAGAUAAGGGAGACAGAAUACCACGGUCAGCAGAGGACCAAGUGUUAGUGUCAUCGGACUAUGAGAGCGCCCACAAAGUCAACCACAGUGACAGCAGUGAUGUAGCACACACAGAGGAGGACACAGAGGAAGGAAAAAACCCAGCCCAGAAUGUCAUCCUCCACCCACUAAUACCUCCUGAGGACAAACCAAUGCUGGCUCCAGAGCCGUUAAUAAUGGAGGACUUAGAGCCUUUAAUGAGUCAGCUAAAUAAUUGGAACUUCCCCAUCUUCAGUUUGAUGGAAAAGACCAAUGGCAAAUGUGGACGAAUCCUCAGUCAGGUCUCCUACAGGCUCUUUGAAGACACUGGCCUGUUUGCAACCUUCAAGAUUCCUGUACAUGAAUUCAUGAACUACUUCCAUGCCCUUGAGAAUGGUUAUAGAGACAUACCAUAUCACAACAGGGUCCAUGCCACAGAUGUGCUGCACGCAGUCUGGUACCUCACCACACAGGCUGUGCCUGGUCUGCCCAGCCUUUUUACUGACCACAGCUCUGCCAGUGACUCAGACUCUGACAGUGGAAUAACACACAGUCAUAUGGGCUUCCUGGUUUCAAAGACCUACACUGUGUCAGAAGAUGGUUACGGCUGCCUGUCAGGCCUCAUACCUGCUCUGGAGCUCAUGGCCCUUUAUGUGGCUGCCGCAAUGCAUGAUUACGACCACCCCGGCAGGACCAAUGCUUUCCUCGUGGCCACCAGCGCCCCACAGGCAGUGCUCUACAAUGAUCGAUCCGUUCUCGAAAACCACCACGCUGCCUCAGCCUGGAACCUCUUCAUGUCGCGACCAGAGUACAACUUCCUCAUCAACCUGGAUCACGGGGAGUUCAAGCGUUUCCGUUUCUUGGUUAUUGAGGCCAUAUUGGCCACUGAUCUGAAGAAGCACUUUGAUUUCCUGGCUGAGUUCAAUGCCAAGGUGGGUGAUGAUCCAUCCACAGGUAUUGAUUGGUCUAACGAGAAUGACAGGUUGCUGGUCUGUCAGAUGUGCAUUAAACUGGCUGAUAUCAAUGGGCCUUUGAAGUGCAAGGACCUGCAUCUGCAGUGGACAGAGGGCAUUGUCAACGAGUUCUACGAACAGGGUGAUGAAGAGUCCAGCCAGGGCCUUCCCAUCAGCCCCUUCAUGGACCGAGCGGCACCACAGUUGGCAAAACUCCAGGAAUCGUUCAUUACACACAUUGUGGGACCACUGUGCAACUCCUACGACUCCGCCAACCUCAUGCCUGGACGUUGGGUGGAACCCAACCUAGACACAGAAGAGCCAGAGAUCACGGAGAAUGAGGAUGAUGAGGAUACUGCAGAGGAGGACACGUCAACCAGCUCAGAAGCAUCACAGAUAAGAACUUCAAAGAAGAGAAGGAAAGUCUUCUGCCAGAUCACCCACCACCUGCUGGAGAACCAUGAGAUGUGGAAGAAAGUGAUUGCAGAAGAAGAUGCCCAGAUACAUGGCCAAGUAGCAGAAUCUGUCCAUUUAAACAAUGUAGCUGAGCCAAUUCUGGCAAUUCACGAGGAGGAAGAGGAGCCAGGCAGCAGAGAGGAGCUAGUUGAAGGAGAGGAUCCAGAGGAGGGAGUAGAGGAACCAGAAUGGCCUGUGUCCCCGCAGGAAAACUUUAAACCUCCAGAGGAACUAGCGGAGGGGGACUCACACUGAAAAAGCCCAUGGGAAAUUGUGGCAUCAGUCAGGGCAAGGAUAUGAAGUAGUAUAUCUUGUUUUCGUAUCCUAUCAACUGACUCCUGUCUUCUGCCAGCACAUUACUUAGACACAACACUGUAGAUGUUUGGGAAAUGUGUGCCUAUACAGAAAAAAACAAGGUGGAAAAUUUGCGUUUUACACAUUUUAUCUGAAUAUUUCGUUUCACCAAACAUUUAAAGGAGCUUUCCAUAUUGCAAUACAGGAUUAUUUGUUUACUUUGGGAUACAGACUCUUUUGCUACUGUCAAGAGAAGAGGAAGACUGCUUGCACAGACCUCAACCCAAUGUGGUAACACAUGACUGCAGAAAUUUGCUGCCAAUUUAUACAUAAUUAUUUUCUGAAUGCAAUUAUAUAUAGAUCACAGUUACUUGUACUUGUGUUUCAGUUUUUGCAAGAGUUUUUGAGGUCUCACAUGGGCCAUGAUCUUUAUAUAUAUAUAUAUAUAUGGAUUACAAAGGGAGUCAAUCAAAUGAGGAACAUUGGCAUAUCUUUUAUUCCUUUCAACUUCUGCCAAAAUGAAUCACUCACCCAUAGGCUUUAGCAUAUGAAGUAAUUAUUUAAAAAAAAAAUUGUUUUAUAUUUGUCACCAUAUUAAGUACUUUAUACGUUUAGGUGUAGCCAUAUUACUUUAAAGAAGGAGACUCAAGGCUAGAUACACUCUGUAUUUUGUGUGUGCGUGUGUGUCUGCAUGUUUAAAUCAGUGUGCUUAGAUGCACAGUUAAUAUGCACAGACAUAGAUAGUUUCAGCAGAUUUUUUUCUUUUUUUUGCCAUCUCUCCCCUAGGUAAAUAUAGUGGUCAUUACAGGGUUCACUGUCCCAAAUGUUGCAGCACUGACAAAGCAGUAGGGGGUUGUUGGAAAUGAAUCUGUGCUGAAUACAAGACCAAAAAGGAAUACCGGUACAGAGAACAUACACUAACACUACCAAAGUGUUAAGUAGUGUUAGUGUAAGAACAACAAAACAUGUACCCCCGACAUUCAUAAACAUACAGAACCAGAAAGCAUAAUCUAUUCAACAGAAAAUUGUAUAAUCCUACAAUGUUCUUUAAAAAUGUCUAUUGGUAGACUAAUACACUUUUAUUUGUCUUUUCUAUCAAUUUUUGACUUUCUGACUAUAUAUUUGGAUUCAGUGUGCUGUAUUAUUAUUACUCAUGGGUCCUCAUUGUGUAAAAACUUGCAAAUGAUGCUGACCUUUAACCCUCAGGAACCUCAACUGUUUAAAUUCAAAGUAAACACCUAUAUCACCUGUGAGGACAGUAAGUUACAAAUAGGUAGAGCUUGUAAGCUAGUUUAUGAUGUGUUCAUAAAAGGCUUAGAACAAGGCUGAAGCUUAAGUCACAACCCCCUCUUUUCUGCGUUGACUAUUAUACUGUAACAUCUUUGCAGAUAAAUACAGUGAAUCUGCAGUCAGGACUUUAGAGUGCAUCAGUUGGAUGGAGUUCCGCAAGUUAAAGUGCAAUUUGAUAAUUCUUUGAGAGCCGAAACAAUAAUCUCUGCAGCUAAUUACUGUAGUAGUUUUUACUCCAGUAAAAAAGAUAAUUUUCUUUAAUGUAAAGGAUAUGCAUUGCAGUAAAGGUUAGGUUUUCAAUAGCGGCCAAGAUGACUGUGAUGGCAGCAUGUGGUAUUUAAACAGUUUUACUCUUUGAAACAUCACAUUUUUGUGUGAAUGUGAGUAGAACGGACAUUUAAAAAGAAAAUGGCAAUUAUUGUUAGCUGCUAUGGUAAUGUGUGUCACACUCAUGUAUGUACAGAGAGACACACGUUUUCUUAAUGGCUUAACAAUAGAAAUAUAAAGCCAUUAAAUCAGAAAUUCUCAAUUCUCAAUUCCUCUCUAACAGCAAAGCAACGGACAUAGUGCCCAAAAGACGCCUCAUCAUUCUUCGUACUACUCCACUGCUUAUUUGUUGCAAAACCUCACCUCAGUGAGUCUGCGACUUUCUGCAAGUUGGUUAAUAAGGAAGUUUAUGUGGAAGUUAGCCCACUACAAUGAGUACAGUUCUUUGCAAUGGCAAGAGUACACAUAAAAAUGGCUGCCACUCUGACAAUCCUGCUAUGUUGACUUGAAUGGGAAUGUCUAUUCUAUUUUCAUUCUAUUUCUAUGGUUCUGACAUUUAUCUCAUUGUGAAUUUUGGCCCAUGUUGGCCCUUGAAAGUUGUGUGGCCCCUACUUUCAAUACACCAUAACAUAAACCAGUUACAGAACAACAGUAUCUUGAGUUGGAUGCAAAAUGUCUUCAAAGAAUAUCCCACUUUGCUUCAAUAAUUCACAUUUACAUAGAAAACAUGUUUGAGAGAGCAGUAAGUAGAUCUUGAGUAGAAAGAAGUAAAGAGCUCUACACUGAGUUUGAAUUUUCUGCCACACACGAAUGCAGUGUGGAAGUAUGCAAUGAAUUGUCCACUGCUAAUCUUGACGAGUUUUCAUAAUCUACAUUCACCUGAAUCUUUUAUGCACUGGUAUCUUUUCUCAUAUAUGUACCACUGCUCUCCUCUAUAAUCUCAUCUCUUUAAAGUAAUCUUCAAAAAAACUGCACAGCACACACCAGACAGGAUAUGAGAUUUCCUGUGAUUGAAAUUAGAUUAGGUAUAGAAAACCAUGCCCUUGUAUCAUUGCAGAUCCUCUAUUACCACACAAUGUUCCCGGCUGUGGUGAAUGGCACGCUACAUCCUGUAAUGGCCUGUUAACUGCUGCCCUGACUCUGCUACAGUGUGGAGGGGGGACUCAGGAACUGCAGUUGAGGCCACACACGUUGAAGAUAAUUAGUUGAACCACUGAUCAGACAGAGAAUCAUGUAUAUCAGACCAAAUUUGUUAGUAGCUACAGAAUCAGAUUUUUGUCCUGGCCUCUAAUGGUCGUUUGUUGCCUCACUCUUUGUAUUCUAUAUACAAAAUGCCUGCGGUUUUCUGUAUGUUGUCUGCAAUUCAUAACUAAUGAGCUAUAUACUCAUCAUUACGGACACAAUGAAUACAUUUUAUUCAGCUUUUGAAAAACCUGAUGACAUAUUACCAAUUUUAUGCCAAGCUAUUCAAUACAACACAGACAGCUUAACCAAAGUGGUCCAGAUUUAGAAAAAAAACAUCUAUCAUUCAUGUGUGUAAUUUCCACUACUAGUUCUAUUUCAAGCCUCCAGGUUGUACAAUUAUACAAUUACUUAUUAUUAACUCAAACUCUACAAUGCUCCUGCUUUGUGAAUGUAUAAAUACAGUAUGCAGUGUGCGUGAGAGAGCAAGAUAUAGUGUUUUUGUGUCUGUGUCUAUUUACAGGUUUUGAUUGACCUCUCUAAUGUGACACUGUCUUGUAUUUAGAGACUGCAUUACUUACAAGUACAGUAGAGCUGGUGAAAUAAUGAAGGGUAAAGUGAUGCAGUAAACUGUGUUUCAAUUCUUCUCAGAUACUCAGAUAAAAUUGUUAUUCGCAGAAGGUCCUAUUGCAUAUUUCUCCUUGCGCUUCCUCUUUGAUCUGUCAAGUGCUUUGCCUGCAGAUCAGAGAUCCUCACCUGCAACAGUAGUAGAGUAUUCAUUACACAACGGAUCUCAUCUUUAAAGGUGAUUGGAUUCUGUCUGCUGAGUUAUUUUGUUGAUGAACUUUUUUUUUCUUUUUUUUUUAGAGUGGACUAUGUAUGCAUUUUGCCCCAGUCACAUCAGUCUUAAGCCAUUACUUGUGUUUGAGCUGAUACUGUAUAUCAGCUUCGAUAGUGUAUUUUUUAUUUCUUAAUUGGUUUUAUUUGAUUGACAUACUUAUUCACACAUGUAGCAUACGUAACUCUCAGAACCAAACAAGCUUUACAAUUAUGUAAAAAAAAAAAUGAGAUGAGUAUUUUUAUAUAGUUGACACAUGAUUAAAUAAUUGCUUUCUCACUAGUACCUUGCACUUACCACAUGUACUAAUACAUACACAAGGAAGAAAUUGUCCAAAUACACAGUAUUUGUGAAAGUAAAACCAUAAAUUUUCUUGCAGGUUGAUGCUCCAUUUUGUACAAUAUACAUAUAUGCUGUACAGUAAAGAAAUUUUAAAACUACAAAAACUCUUUUAGAUAUACAUUAUUUAUUUUUACCAUUUUGUAAUUUAGACACUAUACUGUAGCUUCGAUAUUGCCAGACUUACUGGAAGUGCCUAUAUCGGUAUUAUGUAUCAUACAGUGAAUAUAUUUGAAGAUCAUUAGAAGUUGUCACAAACUGAACCAUGUGGAUGUUGUAAUGUGAAUACAUUGAAUUACAAGACUAUAAUUUCUGUGGUAUCAC